UGAACUGGGGCUGAAACUGAAACAGGGCAACACUUGUAAAAGCAUUGCAGAGCAGCCUCUUGCUCUCCUUCAUUCUCACAGUUUCCUGUUUAAGGAGGCCAUUUUGUAACAGAGCCUGGAGAGGAGCACAACAAAGUUUGGCACUGUUUCUCUGUUUUUUCCCUCCCACGGCCAGGAGUUUCACAAUCCGGUUUGGACUUUCUCCCCUGCAGAACAACUUCUUUGGACGGGAGAGGUGAGACAGGGAAGAAGGUGGAGGAGGAGGGUAUUUCCACCCCUCCGCCGCCUCCACCCCACCCUCUCCUCAGUGUGUCUUUCUUUUAUGACUCUCUCUCACACACACACACACAUUGCUUGUCAUGCUUGGACAAUAACAGGAGUCUGCCGACGAAGACAGCGUGAAAGAAGCGGCUGAGAGGAGGAAAAGGACGCUUCCUGGAUAAGGAUUUCUUCCUCGAGCCAGUGGGAGGGGGUGGACACAGGACGCGGAGGAACCCGGGACUCUGUGUUCAGUGUGUGUCCAUGUGUCAGAGUGUGUGUGUGUGCCCUCGCUCCUCCACUCAGCCCGUUUGAAUGACCGGGUUUUCCGAGAUCUCUAGACUGCACCUGGACGCGUGUUUGUGAGCGUGUAUGUUGACGGCCUCAGGCAGCCAGAAGAGAGGACUCUGAAUGGCUAACGCUAGCCCUUGUAUGGCCUCAGGGGCCAUGGCCCAGAUAUUCUUUCCUCCCGGGGGCUCCUCACCACCCGGCUCAGCUGUGAUGCACCAGGGGAACCCCAUAUCCAUGCCCCCUACGCCCGGUCUGGGAGGUUUUCCUGUUAUGGACAUGAUACAAGGGCAGGGACCCGGUGGGGCUGUCAUGCCCUCGCUGCCUCCCACACCAGCUGGGGUGUCCUUCAUCAUCCAGAUUGGCCUGACCCGAGAAUCUGUCCUGAUGCCCCAGACUGCUGACCUGGCAUAUGUGAAACAAAUUGCCUGCUCCAUUGUUGACACCAAGUUCCCGGAGUGCGGCUUCUAUGGCAUUUAUGACAAGAUUUUGCUGUUCAAGCAUGACACGACCACCAACAACAUCCUGCAGCUGGUUAAAGGUGCCAGUGACAUUCAGGAGGGAGAUUUGGUGGAGGUGGUGCUCUCUGCGGCAGCCACGUUUGAAGAUUUCCAGAUCCGGCCCCACGCACUCAAUGUGCACUCAUACCGGGCCCCAGCCUUCUGUGAUCACUGUGGAGAGAUGCUGUUCGGACUGGUCAGACAAGGGCUCAAGUGUGACGGAUGUGGACUAAACUACCACAAGCGCUGUGCAUUCAGCAUCCCAAACAACUGCAGCGGAGCUCGGAAACGGCGUCUGUCCACCACCUCGCUGAGCAGCAGCCAGUCCCUGCGUCUGUCCACCACUGAGUCGGUGUACAGUGUAGGGACGGCCUCCACCUGCACAGAGGAGACCAGCCUCAUCCGCUCACACACACAAAUGCCUCGCACCCCUAGUGAAGCCCGGCGCUUCUACACGGGCCGACCUGUUCAUCUGGACAAGAUGCUGAUGAGCAAGGUGAAGGUGCCCCACACGUUCGCUGUCCACUCGUACACGCGACCGACGGUGUGCCAGUACUGCAAGAGGCUUCUUCGAGGACUGUUCAGGCAGGGCCUUCAGUGCAAAGACUGCAAGUUCAACUGCCAUAAACGCUGUGCGUACAAGGUUCCUAAUGACUGCCUCGGAGAGACCAUUGGAGACAACAGAAGUAACUCUGACAUGUUGAGUCCCAGUGCAGACCCCGAGGUUUCCAUGGACUACAGCACUGAGUACGAUGCCUCGGACAAGUCUUCAAUAGAUGACUCAGACGAGGCCUGCAGCAUCCCUGGGUCCUUUUCUCCUGACAACAACCAGGACGGAACCUGUGGCGACCAGAGUGUUUACAUCCCACUAAUGAGGGUGGUGCAGUCCGUUAGACAAACCACCCGUCGAUCCAGCACGGCUAUCAAGGAAGGAUGGAUGGUUCACUACAGCAACAAGGACACACUGAGAAAAAGGCACUACUGGCGCCUGGACUGCAAGUGCGUCAUCCUUUUCCAGAACAACACCUCCAACAAAUACUACAAGGAGAUCCCUCUGUCUGAGAUCCUGGAGGUGCGUCCUGCUGGAAACUUCACUCUUGUCCCCCCAGGCACAAAUCCUCAUUGCUUCGAGCUCAUCACCGGCACUAUGUGCUACUUUGUUGGGGAGGACCCCAACACCCUCCCCUCUAUGUCCCCCAGCAACCCCCAGACUCUCCCUCCGACCCCUCCCUCCCCCAGCCAAGUAGCUCCCAACAGCGGCAUUGGGCGUGAGGUGGCCAAGGCAUGGGAGAGCGCCAUUCGCCAGGCCCUCAUGCCGGUCAUCUUUCAGGACGCACCGCCAGCUGCAGGGAACACCACUCACACACAAGCCUCGACCAGCAUAUCGGUGUCCAACAGUCAAAUACAGGAGAAUGUGGAUAUUGGUACAGUGUACCAGAUUUUUGCUGAUGAAGUGCUGGGAUCCGGACAGUUUGGAGUAGUGUAUGGAGGAAAACACAGGAAGACAGGGAGGGACGUCGCUGUCAAAGUCAUUGACAAGCUCCGCUUUCCCACCAAGCAGGAGAGCCAGCUAAGGAAUGAGGUGGCCAUUCUGCAGAACUUACGCCACCUGGGCAUUGUGAACCUGGAGUGUAUGUUUGAGACCCCAGAGAAAGUGUUUGUGGUGAUGGAGAAGCUACAUGGUGACAUGCUGGAGAUGAUCCUCUCCAGUGAGAAAGGCAGGCUGCCUGAGAGGCUCACCAAGUUCCUCAUCACACAGAUUCUUGCAGCGCUGAGACAUCUGCACUUCAAAAACAUCGUUCACUGCGAUCUGAAACCUGAGAACGUGCUUCUUGCCUCUGCCGAUCCCUUCCCCCAGGUGAAGUUGUGUGACUUUGGUUUUGCCCGGAUCAUCGGCGAGAAGUCUUUCCGUCGCUCGGUGGUCGGCACCCCCGCCUACCUGGCCCCGGAGGUUCUGCUGAACCAGGGCUACAACCGCUCUCUGGACAUGUGGUCGGUCGGUGUCAUUAUGUACGUCAGCCUGAGUGGGACAUUCCCGUUUAAUGAGGAUGAAGAUAUCAACGACCAGAUCCAGAACGCAGCCUUCAUGUAUCCUCCCAACCCCUGGAAACAGAUCUCCAGUGAUGCAAUCGACUUGAUCAACAACCUGCUGCAAGUUAUGAUGAGGAAACGCUACAGCGUGGACAAGAGUCUCAGCCACAUAUACUUACAGGACUAUCAGACAUGGCUGGACCUGCGGGAGCUGGAGACUAAACUCGGUGGACGUUACAUCACCCACGAUAGCGACGACAGCCGCUGGCAAAUGUUCGCCCGGGAGCAUACUCUGCCUUACCCCGCUCACCUUGUGCCUCCGCCUCCUGCGCCGGCCUCUGACGAUGAGGAGGGUGGGGAGGAUGCAGAUGUGCAAGGCCUCACUGAGAGGGUCAGCAUCCUCUGACCAGAGGGAGAGACAGAGGACUCAAGCUCAGUUAGGAAGGAGGAAAGACGUAGGGAGAGGGAGGGAGGCUGGGAUGGCCGACCUAGAGCAUAAUAGAGACAUAGAGUUGAUGAAAAUCGUAUGGGUCCAAUAAGAAAAAUGUCCAGCUGUUUAGACUUUCACAGCACAUCUGUGUACCAGCACUCAAUUCUACAGCAAUAAAUCAAACUUCUCUCCUCCAGCCUGAGGUCAUUAGUAGCCUUCUAAUUACCUGUGCUGUUAUUGACUGCUUGGCUCUGUUUCACACCCUCUGUGCGGCUGACCUGGGGACAAAACAGACAAAACUGGAGUCAACCUCUAUGUCAGAAUCUGUCACACAAAUGACAACAAGUGCUCAUCCGUUUCCUCUCACUGCAAAAUGCUUCAAAAAUGAGACAGGGCACAUGAUUUCAGCAAAAGCAAGAAGAAUAAGAAUAAGAAUUUGGUAUCUGUGUAUUCACUGAGGUAUUUUUCUAAACAAAUAGGAGUUAACAGCCUCCCAUUAAAAGAAAAGUUACAUUUGUUUUUGGUGUCAUUUAGUUGUACUGACCGGAAUUACAGUCCCUGCGUUCAGUAGAGACCGGUUCAGUCUUUUUUCAGUGAGGGAGCGCUUUAUGGUGACAAAAGACUUCCUCUAUGCUGGUAAUUACUAUUUUGCAGGCAUGGAUUCAAACCCAUCUGUAAUCACAAAUGCAUUCCCAUAAGUGAAUGUCCUGUCUUGAAAACUGGAAGUAUUGAUCUGGUGACAGCAAAUCCUCCAGUAAUUACCACUAGUUUUGAGCCGCAAUAGGCGCUUAGAAAACACGUGUGAUUAAAGAUGUCAUUGCGGGUUUGGAUGAACUUGCAUUGGGCUGCUCGUACCUGCCGUGACCUGACAGUUUUUAAACAGGUGUUUCCACGUGCAGCUGACAUAUUAUACAUUGUUCACAAUGACGGCUGAAAAUAGCUUUGAUUGUGUUGAGUCACCCACCAUCUGAGGUCAAACAGUUGUUGUAUAAUUUAAAUGGCGAAUAACACAUCUUCACGGAUUCAGAUAGUGUCACUGGAGGCAGCAUUUUUAAACCUGGUGGAUGAACACCUUUUUAAGGCAGCACGGCUCUUUGUUUGUUGUUACGACCUCUCCCUAUGAUGUAGGUGCACAGACGGACAGCUUCUGUUACUAAACCUCCCUGAGGCUGUAUGUAUGUAGUUUGAAUACUGACUACCUGUCAUGUCAAUAUGUUGCAUGUUUCUGUGAAGUAGAAUUAUCUAUAGAUACAAUACAAAACAUACUUAUGAUGGUCUAUUAUACACGUGUAACCUGAAGUUUUUGUAGUUGUCAAAUAUACGUAGACUGUGUAUAACAUGUUUGAAGGAUGAUCCUAGCCUUGGAAACAGAUAAUACAAACCUUGAACAAUAUUCUUUCUUGUCUUGGAUGUUUUAUUGGUUGAAUAAUUCAUCAGUACAUAACUGCCAUCUAGAAACUGUAAUCUUCAGCUUUCCAGAGAGGCAACACAAAACUGAGCAGCAAUGGAUGUAUGAUACUAAUUCUGGACUGAAAUA